CAGUGAUGGUCGGAUGGAGGUGAUCAUCGAAAAGGGGACUACGACUUACAGGGGGUAACAAGACAAAGCGCGGCUGGACUUCACCGUCGGGAGCGGCCUUCGGAAAGACCGCGAUGGAGCUGAGCUCGGCCCGGCGGCCGCACCGCUCGGUCCCGGCCGUGCCCGCCGGAGGCGAGGAUGUCCCCGUCCCCGUCCCCGUCCCCGUCCUCGUCCUCACUCACUUCGCCCGGACUCCAUUCGUCUGCUUCGACAGCGUGAGGACCGGCAGCUCCAAGACCCAGAUCCUGGCCGUCGAGAAUCCCGAGAGCGUCCCGGUUUGGGUGACGAUCGACAAGUUCCCCAGCUCCAGGGGCUUCACAAUCAGCGAGCGGGAGUUCAUGGUGCAGCCAGCAGAAAAAUAUUACCUUUCCAUAACUUGGACACCAGUAGAUGUCGGAGGCAUUCGAGAAACUGUGACAUUUCAUGUCGGCUGUGUGAAAGUUCUUUGCAUUCUUCUGGGAAAGGCAGAGGAUGCACCCAAAAAAAAGCGAAGCCUGUGGGAAUCGAUUAAAAGAAAAAAGGCCUCGGAAGGUUCUGGUACUUUGAAGCCAAAACGAAGUGCGUCAAUUGCCAGCAAAACCAUCAUCAUAUCACAAAAGGUGGAUACUAUGAAAACGGGGGAACCUCGCAGUCCUCUUCAAUCAUGUGAAAAUGUGGGCCCAGUUGGCGAUAGAGUUCCUCCUCUUCACCACUGCUCAACAUUUCACGGUCCUGAGAUACUGCAAUUAUCUCCUAUAUUACCACCAGGUCAAAUUAAGGAAGAAUUUGAAAAUUGUACACCACUUUCACUUAAACGUUCUACUACUUAUUCUCUCCUUCGAAGUAAUGGAAUAACAAUGCAAAAUGAGAUGAGGCUGGAUUGUGACAAAAAGCCUAAUGCAUUGCGCACAGUUGAGACUUUUGCGGAAUCUGGAGGGAACUUGGUAAAUCAACCAAUGAAAGAGUUUUCUGUCCAGACACCAGCAAAUUUGCCUUGUAUAUCUGCUCCUCAUACUCCAAUUAAUGGGCGUCGGAUCUUAAGCCCUGAUUCCUUUGUAAAUGACAGUUAUGUUCCUGAAGAGAGCCCUGACGUAUUUGUUGAGCCAUCAGUGCUAUCACCAGAUCAAUUUUUGAAGAAUACAUUAGAAACUAUGAAUCAGUCUUUACCAAGUUUAACUCAGGUACAGGCUGUUGAAACAACCUCAAACAAAAUUGCAUUGCAGUCAAGAAAUUCUGCAAAACAGAAGAGGAGCAAUGAGAGUUUGAGCUUAGAGGGGACACUUGGAUUAUUCACGCCAGAGAAGGAUUCUUCCCCUGUUAUAAGUAUGGAAGAACUGGGGCCACCAAAGUCAAGGUUAACUUUCUUUGUGACGUCAAAAACAUCUAAUGGCCACCAGAGGGCACAACCAACUAAACAGCAAGCACUUCAAUCUGCUGCGCAAACCAGAUUGCUCCCUGUCUACACCACUACAGGAACCAAAUGUAACUCUGUCAGACCUCCUGAAUUGGAAAAAAAAGUUCAGUUAUCCAGGAAGGAAGUUAUUGAAGUUAAUGCAAAUUCCAGCUCUCAUUCUGUUACUAUUAUACAGACUGACGCUGAAAUCAGAAAUCCAAGUCUUGCUAACCAACUAUCAUUUUCUGGCAGAAAAAGAAAAAGUUCAGAGUUCUUGUCACAAGCAUGUGAAAAGGAUAUUGUUACAAAUAAAAGAAAGUCUGUACAGGUGGAACAAUUGAGUAGAAAAUCAAAUGUGAAAAAAUGCCGUUCAUUUGGAGGAAAAUCACUUCAGAAGAGGAAAUCUGUUUCUCAUGUUCAGGCCACUGCUCCUGCACGUAUAAAACCUGGAAGACUAAUGCCUGGAGUUGCUCAGUCACAAUUUGCUUUUCGAAAAUUGACCAAGACAGUCAUUCCUAGGCAUCCAAACCCAUUUUCUAUAGGAAACAUGUAUUAUGAUGAGCAAUGGAAAGAGAAGCAAGAGAGAGGUUUCACAUGGUGGCUGAAUUUCAUUCUUACACCUGAUGACUUUACAGUGAACACUGAGUCCUCCAGAGUAAACACUGCUACACUGUUUAUGGGUUCUGAGAUCCAGCACCACAAAAUUAGUGUCCCUGCAGCACCAACCAAUGAAGAAAUGUCACUGAGAGCAUACACCGCAAAGUGUCGACUUAAUCGUCUUCGUCGUGCAGCUUGCAGACUAUUUGCAUCUGAAGGGAUGGUUAAAGUUAUACAUAAAUUGGAAGCAGCUAUUGAAGCUAAACAUCUACUUGUGCGGAAAGACCGAUAUCUUUGGAAAGACAUUGGAGAGCGACAGAAGGUCCUAAAGUGGCUUUUGUCAUAUAAUCCUCUGUGGUUGCGUAUAGGACUGGAGUGUAUAUUUGGUGAACUGAUUCCACUGGAAAGCAACAGCGAUGUGGUUGGCUUAGCUAGAUUUAUUUUAAAUCGCCUACUUUGGAAUUCUGAUAUAGCUGCAGUAUUUCAACAUCCGACUGUGCCACAUUUAUAUCGUGACGAGCAUCAAGAGGUUUUGGCACAGUUUACACUGAAGAAGUUUCUGCUUUUGGUUUGGUUUCUGGAUUGUGCCAAACAGUCUAGGUUGAUAGAUCAUGAUCCAUGCCUUUUCUGCAAAGAUGCAGAAUUUAAGACAAGCAAAGAUCUGUUACUUGCUUUCUCUAGAGAUUUUCUCAGUGGUGAAGGAGAUCUUUCUCGUCAUCUCAGUUACUUUGGGUUGACUGUUAGCCAUUUUCAGACACCUCUUCAUGAAUUUAAUUUUGCUAUCACCAAUAUAGCUGUCGAUCUUCGAUGUGGUGUUCGUUUGGUGCGAGCAGUGGAGCUUCUCACACGAAACUGGAAACUGUCAACGCAGCUCAGAGUUCCAGCUAUUAGCCGUCUUCAAAAACUGCACAACAUGGAUGUUGCAUUAAAUGCCCUUAAAACUCGAGGAGUUGACUUGAGAGAUGAACGGGGCAGCGUAAUAGAUUCUAGAGAUAUUGUUGAUGGACAUAGAGAAAAAACCUUAUCAUUGUUGUGGAGAAUCAUCUUUGCAUUUCAGGUCGAGAUUUUGCUGAGUGAAGAACAAUUACAAGAAGAAAUUGAAUUCUUGCAAAAAACUUUGCGCACAUGCCAUAAACUGGUAGCUCUGCGCUCUGUGCCUGUACUGUCUCAAAAAUCACCAAAAGAUCAAAACCUCAAAGAUACACCUGAAAAAUACAGCCCAAGAAUCAAAUUGUUAAUGAAUUGGGUUAAUGCUGUUUGUGGAUAUUAUGGUGUCAAAAUUGAGAACUUCACUGUCGCCUUUUCUGAUGGCAGGGUUUUGUGUUACCUUGUCCAUCAUUAUCAUCCUGGCCUUCUUGCUGCAAAUGACAUCUGUUCACGAACGUUACAGACGGUUGAAUGUGCACAACGUGGUACAGUGGCAAUUGACACAUCAACCAGUGAAUCUGAUGAAAGCUCUGUUGAUGUCAUCCCAACAAACCUCAGUGAGUCUGCUUCUUCAUCAACUAGACUCUUUGAAGAACUUUUGGAGAAUGAAAAGAAGAAUUUUAAUUUGGUGACUACUGCUGUUGCAACACUUGGAGGGGUUCCAGCUAUGAUACGACCAGCAGAUAUGUCAAAUACUAUCCCUGAAGAGAAGGUUGUUAUUACUUAUGUUUCAUUUCUUUGUGCUCGUCUUCUGGACCUUCGAAAUGAAACAAGAGCUGCUAGGAUCAUUCAGGCAGCUUGGAGGAAGUACAAGCUCAAUUGUGAGCUUCAACUUUUAAAGGAAAAAAAUCAAGCUGCCUGUGUCAUUCAAGCAGCUGUGCGUAAGUUCCUCUGUCGACAGCAUGUCAAAAAGGCAACAAAUGCUGCUCUGAUUAUCCAAAAGCAUUGGCGUGGUCAUAUGACCAGGAAGAAAGCUCAAGCAUUGAUGAUGAUGAAAAUGCAAGCAGUGCAGAUUGAAGCGGCAACACUUCUUCAGGCUUAUUGGCGAAGGUAUGCUGCUAGAAGACAGCUUCGGCGAAUGCAGCACUCUUGCAUUCUCGUACAAAGCCACAUAAGAAUGAAAAUCGCAGUAACCACUUAUAAACGUACAAAAAAGGCUGUUAUUACACUUCAGAGGCAUUUCAGAGCCCGUCAGUUAGCUUUAGCUGAGCGGAGGAAUUAUUUAAAAUUCAAACAAUCAGCUGUUACAAUACAAUCUGCAUUUAGAAGAUGGAAAACUCGGAAGCUCAAAGUGCAGGCCAAGGCUUCGGUAUUACUCCAGAAAUACAUAAGAGGUUUCCUCUGUCGAUAUAAAUACAAACGAUUUCAACGAUCCAUAGUCAUGUUGCAAACUUAUGCUAAAGGAUAUCUAGUAAGAAGUGCAAUCAAUAAUAAGAAGAAAGCUGUUCUUACACUGCAGAAGCACAUAAAGGCGUAUGUGACAGGAAAGCGUGAAUAUGUUUCCUAUCAAAAAUUGAAAUGGGCUGCAGUAGUAUUUCAAUCUGCUUACCGUGGUGUACAAGCAAGAAAGCUUUAUUGCCAAACAAAGUCAGCUUUAGUAAUCCAAUCUACUUUUAGAAUGUAUCAGCAACGAAAGAGGUUUGUUGCUAUUCGAAAAAUGGUAAUCACAAUGCAGACUUCAGUAAGAAUGCGGUUAGCUCAGAUUAGGUACCGAAAAUAUCGUCAAGCUGUCAUUAACUUGCAGAGACGUUUCAGAGCCAAACAACAGGGGUUGCAGGAGAUGCAGCAUUAUCGAAAACUUGGACAGGCAGCUGUAAAACUGCAGGUGGCUUUUCGAAGAUGGCAAGCUCAAAAAAAGAUAAGAGAAAAUAAAGCUGCAGUUAAAAUACAGUCAUGGUAUCGAAUGUGUAGGGAAAAACAGAAGUAUUUACGUCAAAAAGAAAGUUGCAUACGAAUACAGUCAUGGUAUAGAUGCUGCGUUGCUCAACAUGCCUUUUGCACUGUCAAAAUUGCAGUGCUGGUCAUUCAAAAAUAUUACAGAGCUUACCGAGCAAGAAAAGCUCAAAAUGAAAAACAUAUGUUGAUGCUCAAGGCGGUGAUAACCAUACAAGCUUACUUUCAUGGCAUGAAGGCUCGUAGGUUUGCCAAAGAAUUGAAAGCUGCAUAUAUUAUUCAGUCAUACUGGCAAAUGAGAAAACAAAGAUUAAAAUUUUUACAAUCCAGACAAUGUGCCAUUACAAUUCAGGCCUAUGUGAGAAAAUGGCAAGCUCAGCGAAGAUAUUGUUCAAUGAAAGCGGCUGCUUGUACAAUACAAACCCAUUUCAGAGCAAUUGCAGCUAAAAAAAAAGCUCAGUCUGAGUACAACACAUUAAGGUCUGCAGCUAUUGUCUUACAAUCUGCAUACAGAGGGCUUCAAGCACGAAGACAGUUUUGGCUUUUACGGUCAGUUGUAAAGAUACAAUCUACUUUCCGGGGAUAUGCUUCACGGAAAGAGUUCAUGAAAAUUAAAAAUGCUGCCAUCAAAAUUCAGGCCUCCAUGAAAAUGGUGCAAGUACAAAAGUAUUACAGAUCUCUUAAGAAGUCUACACUGUACAUCCAGAGACAUUACCGGGCUAAAAGACUUGGCUUGGAGACGCGCAAAGAAUAUCUGAAGAAAAGGGAAGCUUGUGUACGCCUUCAGUCUGCUAUUAGAUUGUACUUAAUGCAACAGCAGUUGAGUUUAUGGAGGGAAUCUGCAGUUAAAAUUCAGUCCAUGUUCAGAAUGCAUAGACUAAGAAAGCAGUAUCUUAAGAUUCGUUGUGCUGUUGUCAUAAUUCAAAGAAAAUUUCGUGCCUACACUGAAGGGGUUUGUCAAAGACAGAAGUUCUUAAGAAUCAAAGAAGCCAUAAUCUGUUUACAGGCAGGUUAUAAAGGUUACAGUGUGCGCAAAAUGAUUCACCUUCAGCAUAAAGCAGCCACCAAAAUCCAGGCAGCAUUCAGAGGGCAUGCAUCAAGGGUCAAAUACUCAGCAAUGCAAAAUGCAGUCAUUGCAAUCCAGAGAUGGUAUAGGAGUUCCAAAGUUAGUCAGCAUCAGCGAGUUCAGUACCUUAAUAUUAGGACAGCAGUGAUUAUUCUUCAAGCAGCAUUUCGUGGAAUGGCUACAAGGGAAAAAUUAAAAGUGCAAUAUAAGGCUGCAGUAGCCAUUCAAACUGCUUUCCGGAAAUUUCGAGCCCAGCAUCAGUUUGUACUAUUAAAGAAUGCUGCUUUAGCCGUUCAACGGCGUUUUAAAGCAAAGAUCAUGGGGAGAAAAGAACGUCAAAAAUAUCUGAGAAUGUGCCAAUCAGCAAUAAUAAUUCAAGCAGCUUAUAAGGGCAUGAUGGCAAGAAAAGAAUACAGUAGAAAAUGGCAAGCUUGUAUUACGAUACAGUCUUAUUUCAGAAUGCACAAAAUGUGUGCAAAGUUUCAGGCUAUGAGAUGCGCAGCAUUAAUAAUACAGAAUCGAUUCAGGGCACAUGUGCAAAGAAAAUAUCAGCGUCAAAGAUAUCAAAACAUAAGGUCUGCUGCCAUAUUAUUGCAAGCUUCAUUUCGUGGAAUGAGAAGCCGGAAAAAAGUGAAAGAAAUUCACAAAGCUGCAACAAUUAUCCAAGCUGCAGUAAGAUCUUUCUCAAGCCGGAAGUGUUAUACUACUCUUAGAGCUGCUUCGAUUUUAUUGCAAAGGCAAUUCAGAGCUUUGGCAUUGAGCAGAAAGCAGCGAAGAACCUAUCUAUCUAUCCGUGGCGCAACAUUAACUAUACAAGCUGCUUAUAGAGGCAUGAAGGUAAGGCAAGAGAUUCGGCACAGGCACAAGGCAGCUACAAUAAUACAAUCUGCAUUUAGGAUGCACAGAGUGUGCCUUCCAUAUCAGGCCUUAAGGCUGGCAACUAUAAUCAUACAAACUCAUUAUCGAGCUCACCUUCAAGCGAAAAUCUAUCGUGACAUUUACUGGAAGCUUCGCAACAGCGUUCUGCUCAUUCAGGCUGCGUACCGGGGAAUAAUUGUUCGACAACAUUUAAGAAGCAUGCAUAAAUCUGCAACAUUAAUACAGAGUUACUAUCGAAUGCACAAGGAACGACAACGUUAUAAGAGACUCUGUUGGGCAGCCACAGCUGUGCAGAGAAAAUUCCGAGCUUGCAAAAUUAGAGAUGCCUGUGUGAAACGCUAUAAUGAUGUUAAGAGAGCAACUAUUCAUAUUCAAGCUUGUUUCCGAGGAAUGAAAACGAGACAAGAAAUUAGGCAAAUUUGUCAAGCUGCAGUAAUUAUCCAGAGAAGAAUUCAUGCCUAUAAUGACAGAAAAAGAUAUCUGUCUCUUAAAACUGCCGCUAUUGUGAUUCAACAGCGUUACCGUGCACUUCUGCUUACUCGGAUUCAACAAAAAAAUUACUCCACUAUUCGUAAUGCAACCAUAUCCAUUCAAGCUGCUUACAGGGGCAUGAAAGCGCGUCGAGAGAUACAAUGCAAACACAAGGCAGCUACAGUCAUACAGGCUACGUUUAGGAUGCACCGGAUGCACCUGCCAUACAGGGCGUUAAAACUGGCUGCUACAAUAAUUCAAACCCAUUAUCGAGCUCACCUUCAAAUGAAAACAGAUCAUAAUAAUUAUAUAAAGCUUUGCAAUGGUGUUAGACUUAUUCAGUCUGCGUACCGGGGAAUGAUGGUUCGACGGCAUUUGAGAAGGCUGCAUAAAUCUGCAACAUUAAUACAGAGUUACUAUAGAAUGCACAAGGAACAGCAACGUUAUAAGAGACUCUGCUGGGCAGCCACGGCUGUGCAACAAAGAUACCGAGCAUGCAAAGUCAGAGAUGUCUGUGUGAAACAAUAUAAUGAUAUGAAGAAUGCAGCAAUUAAAUUUCAGGCAUUUUACCGUAAGAAAAAAGCACGUGAUUUGGCUAAAAGAAUUAAGGCAAUUCGCCGAAUUAUAUCAUUCUUGCAGAUGUGCGUUGACAGAAAAUUCUUCUUGAUUCAAAGAUCAGCUGUGAUAGUACUGCAGGCAGCUUUCCGUGGUCAUCGAGAAAAGGCACGCUACAGAGCAAUGUGUCAGGCAGCUAUUUCAAUCCAAAACUGGUAUAGAGCUUGCAAAAUGGGCCGUUUGCAGCUUGUGCAAUAUCAGUCCAUGAGGCAGGCAGCUAUCACGAUUCAGACUGCAUACAGAUGCAUGGUUGUCCGCCGGUGUGUUAAACAGAAAGAUGCAGCUGUUAAAAUUCAGUCAACAUUCCGUAUGAUUCAAUGUAGGAGAAGUUUCCUCAAAAUAAAAUCUGCAGCCAUUGUAGUGCAGUCUCACUUCCGGGCUAGAGAAGCUCAAAAACUGUACAAAAAGUAUAAGCUAGCAACUACUAUAUUACAAGGCUAUUACAGAUCCUACCUCUUGAUGAAGCAACAUAGAUCAAGCUACUUGAUAUUCAGGCAGUUAGUCAUCAGGCUCCAAGCCAGAGUAAGAGGAAAUUUUGCCCAACGACGUUAUAAGAUGAUACUUCAGAGCACAACAAAACUUCAGGCCUGUUAUCGUAGGAAAAAACAAAGGACGAUAUUUCUUCGAAACAAGAGAGCUGCAUGUGUGAUACAGCAACACUACAGAGCUUAUUGUCAAAGAAAGGUUGAACAAGAAAAAUACUUUCAAAUGAGGCAUGCUGCUAUCGUAGUUCAGAAUGCAUUCCGUGGAUACAAAGUAAGACAGCUAGCCAGAAAAGCAAGAGCUGCUCAAAAAAUCCAGGCAUGGUUCAAGGCUCAAGUUGAACGUCGGCGGUAUAAGUCCAUACUUGACUCUGUUAUAUUCAUUAAACAGCGAUUGAAAACAAAACGAGAAAGAUUAAGGUUCUUAAGGAUCCGGGCUGCCACAAUUGUUAUUCAGCGAAGAUGGAGACUAACUGUUGCAACAAGGAGAUUGCAGGAUGAAAACAAGAGAAGGACAUUGGCAGCAAUCAAAGUCCAGGCCUUUUGGAAAGGAUUUAGAGCCAGAAAUCAGCUGAUGAAGAAACAUGAAGCUGCCUCUCAAAUUCAGUCUGCUUACAGAAGUUAUAAGCAAAGAAAGAAGUUUCUUCAGCAAAAAAUGGCUGCAAUGGUCAUACAAAGAAUUUACAGAACAUGGCGACUUGCAAAAACUGAAAACAUGAAAUACAAAAAAAUCAGAGAGGCUGUAAUUCUCUUGCAAUCCAUAUGUCGUGGAUGGCUUGUUCGCAAAAAGCUUGUUGAACAAAAAUUGGCAAAAAAGAGGCUUCGUUUCACUGCUGCUGUUUAUCACCACCUUUGUGCUUUUAAGAUUCAAAGAAUGUACAAAAGAUACAAGGCUCUUAAAAGUGCACAAGAAGCAAUUAAUUCUGUCAUCUUUAUCCAGAGAUUGUUCAGAACUUGUCUUCAACGCAGAAGAUAUCUUGAUGAUUAUCAUAAGAUUAUUGUAGUUCAACGGACAGUGAAGGUCUGGCUCAUGCGUCGUCACAAGGCUGCUGUUGUAAUUCAGAAAGUUGCAAGACAUUUCCUUUAUAAAACUCGGAAACAAAGAUUUCAUAGUGGAGUAAUCAAAAUACAGGCUUUGUGGAGAGGAUAUUGCUUGCGCAAGAAAACCAAUAAUCUUCAAAUAGAUACUAUCAGACGCCACAUUGAACAGGCUAAUCAGAACAGCACUGAGGAGCAGAAAUUGUGCAACAGGACAGCUGUAGCACUAGAUUACAUUCUUAAAUACAAACAUUUCUCUCACAUUCUUGCAGCUUUGAAGCAUUUAGAGGCUGCAACCAGACUAUCUUCCAUUUGCUGUGAAAAUCUCGCUCGAAGUGGAGCAACUCCUAUUAUUUUAAUUUUGAUCAGGAGUUGUAACCGCAGUGUGCCUUCUAUGGAAGUGAUUAAGUAUGCAGUACAGGUUCUCCUCAAUCUUUCAAAGUACCACAGAACAUCUACGGUGGUGUAUGAAGUGGACAAUUCCAUUAAUACGUUACUCGACUUGUUGCAAAUGUACAGAGGGAAAGCUGGUGACAAGACUUCAGACAAGUGUAGCAGCAUUUUUACAAAGGUUUGCUGUUUACUGGCACUCCUUUCAAAGGAUUCAAAGAGGGCAAUGGAAAUUCGAAACUUGCCCAGAGCAGUGGAUCGUAUCCUUAGCAUUUAUGAGCUCACUAUGAGAAAACAUAAGAUGGAUAUAGACAGAAUGACUGUUAAGCUGCGGAUGUCUACUCCUUGCAAUGGUGUUUCUUGUAUUCCAGCUACUCCUAUCCGAACAAGUUUAGUUUCUAAACUAAAACCAGACUGGGUCUUGAGGAGAGACAAUAUGAAAGAAAUUGUGGAUCCUUUAAAAGCCAUUCAAUUGGUUGUUGAUACCCUUGGAAUUUCUGUUUUAAAUGUCAAUAAUGGAAAAUAGCUUAAUUUUUCAACAAAUGUUCGUGUUCAUAUUCAUGUAAAUGUGUAUGCAGAAACAACAUCUUAAAACGUAUCCGGAUUGUAACCCUUGUAUAUUGUUUUGUCAAUGUUGACUAAGUUUGGUUUAGUUUCACAUGCAUCUCUCCUAUGUGUGUCAUAUCAUGGUGAAAGAUGAUCUAUUAUUUCUAAUCUGAAAAUAAAUGUCAGGAAGCUCGGUUUUUUACAUUUAAGAA